AUGCUCGAAAGAACCGCGGCCGCGAGUCUGGAAUCAUGCAACAUCCAGCGUAUCAUUCCGAAGCCGACCCGCUCGACGAAGCGCGCCCGCCAGCUUCAUACUGGCUUUUGGCAACAUGGAGCAUCUGCCAUUGAGCUGUCGAGCAUCUGGCCUGCCGUGGGCCGGAUCCCCGAGACGGAGCCUGUCGAAAGUGCCACCCGUCCGCUGCAGGCAGGACUGGUCGCCUCGGCAUUUUUGCUAGAUUUUCUAUAUCCGAGUGCUACAUACUCGCUUCUACGGCGGUUGUAUCCACGUCUCCCGCGGCCUCAAGAUGGAAGCCAAGCCGGCGGCGCUGCUAGAAGAAGGCAUUACACCUCCUCCACUGCUACCGCCGAAUAUGGCUCGCAAAGCUCCGAAUCUCGCUCAACUCCCGUACGCGUAAACCACAUGCCUCGGCUGCAAUCGAACGCAGCGCUCCUACAGGACAUGCUUUCACACCAAAGCGAGGAACGUUUUCACGAUGUUUGGGAUUUAUACUGCAGGCUCGAUGAACAGCACCAGGUUGAUUUCCGUCGCGACAUGAUUAUAUACCUCUCUAAAUCUCGCGGUAUAGUCGAGGUUGGGAGAGCUAUUUCAUUAUUCCGACAGAUUCCCGUUUCCAGCUGGGACGACGAUCUCCUUGCGGCAGGUGUCUUGGCAUUUAUGCGAUCCGGUGACCUGGAGUAUGCCAUCAGUAGAUUGAAGGCUGGGAUGGAACUCAAGGGCCUGGUCGGCGGUCUCGAAUACGUCUUGGCUGAUAUCAUUGCCAAUGAAAAAUGGCCCAUGCUCAUAGGGGUCUGGUUGGAAUUCUACGCAUCUCGCCUCAAGUUCGAGCCAGCUAGCCGACCAGAUGCCAUUCGCUUGCAACGGCUCGAAAACCUGCCCGGCUUGGACAAGCUAUUCUUCUCCUUCGAACAGUACCUCUCUACCGAGGGUAUGAAGGCCAUGCGCCCAAUCAACAUCUAUGAGACGACAAAAUCGGGCUUCAAAGCUCUAAGGCGUAAGAUGGCAGAGCUGGCGUUGGCCCACCCUUGUCAACCGAGGCAAGCGGCUGCUAUUUUAGAAAUCUUCAAUGACCACCAAUUAUACGAAGACUAUUUUCUGCGCGUGCUAGAAGCCUGGCGCGGCAAACCUGAGCUGAGUUCCAACGUCACUUGGCUAUCAGAGCUAUACAAGACAUAUCGCAAACUCCCUGGUGCGCAUCCACCAGUCUCUUUGCUUCAGCACAUGUUUGAGCUACAUUAUCCAACCGGCACCACAGCACUCGAAGAGAUUUACAAGGACUGGCAUCGCGCCUGGGGAGACUUGGAUCAGUGGGGGUAUGAAAAGUUUCUCAAGUUUUACGCUGGCGUGGGCGAUGUCCAGGCCGUUCAACGGCUAUGGGGGCGAUAUGUGGCCAAAUAUCCACGCGUGUUGAAAAAACCCAGGGCUUUUAGGAGCACCAUGAAUGCCUAUGCGCAGGUUGGCGAUUUCGCCAAAGCAGAGGAAGAGCUUCGAAUCAUGACGGAUCACCAUGGAGUCAAGCCUGACCUUGAUAUCUGGAACACACUGCUGAAAUGCUACAUGCGAGCGCAAGAUUACAAUAGGGCGGUGGCCUGCUUCAAUGAAAUUUGCAGCAUGUACCGCCCCGACUCCUUUACAUAUGCCCACAUCAUGGCCAUGUCCGCCAAGAAGGGUGACCUGGAGACAACGCUCGGCUUUUUCAAUCGAUCUCAAAAAGACCGAGUCCCCGUGUCGAAAGAGAUGGCCAUGUCAUUGGUCAUGGUGUAUUGCCGCAACGAUCGACUUAUGGAGGCAGAAAGGAUAUGUAUGGAGCUAGCGGAACGAAAUGCGACGAGCACAGCCAUCUGGAACCAGCUUAUCCACUUCAAUGGCAUGCAAGGAAGACUUAGCAAGUGUUAUCAGCUGCUUCAGGCUAUGAAGUCAUUCGACCUCACCUGGGACCACCAGACGCACGAGUUUCUCUUGCAGGCGCUUGUUAGAGUAGAUCAGGUGCAGCCUGCGUACCGCCUCUUGCGGACUGCCUACAAGGAGAAACUCUUCCCGGUUGGACCAGAACACUUUGCUGUUGUCAUGGCCGGCGCUGUUCGUACCGGCGACCUUGGGCUUGUCGAGAUCAUUGCUUCGCAUUUGUUGAAAGCCGGCCAGACAAUGAACUUCAACGCCAAAGUAGCGUUGGCUGAGGCUUCGUUUAGAAAAACUCCAUCUUCAAAUCGAACCCGCCAGCUUGGCAAAGAAUUUGUCAGCCACCUGCGCUCCAUGCUCCUUCAUGAGGCCAGAGGACGAGAUACCCGCACCGUUUCAACGCUUCCGAGCGACAUUCGGCACCUGAAGAAGCAGACCAAGAGCAUUGGCCGUGCUAUAAAGCUUUUGGUUGAGCUGCGAGAUUUUACGACUGCCGAGGAAGUCAUGAAUUUGUACAGUAGCAUGUUUCCCAAGCAUAAGGGAGGCGAGCCGUUCCCUCCAGAGGUGAUUUCUGCGCUUAUGCUGGGCUACUUUAAAGACAGGAAAUUCCGCCAGAUACACCAGAUGUGGGACGAAACAUGGAAGAGGGUCCUUGUUCGAGCUCAGCGCCGCCAAGCGGCAGGUAUUUACCCUGUUCAUGAGUACGACGUCUCCAGACCGAUGACGAUUGUGGCAAAAACUUUUAGAGAAGAAAACGACGGAAAAGGUCUGCUUGAAUGCGUCCAGCAGGUCACCUCAUCUGGGUUCAAACUAACGCGGAACAACUGGAAUCUUUUGAUUCGAUACCUGGCCGAGAUGGGUCAAUGGGAACCCGCGAUGCGCUGGUGUGAAAUCAUGCUUAUGCCGCGUUGGCGUGGUUGGAACCCAAGCAAGAGAAGCCUUCAGGAGCGCCGCCAUCUAAGGAACACCCGUGUGCUCCAGGCCUCAAAUGCCGCCGUCCUCAGCUUGCAGCACCAGUGGCUGAAACUGCGCAAGUUGGCUGCCUGGUCGGCCGAAGUCUCUGCCAAGUUGAGAGAUAUUGAGAGGCAGUAUCCCCGUCUGCACUAUGCCUUUACGAAUACUGAUUUUGAACAUCUCUCGGGUGGAUGGGAUAUUAACCGGAAGGCAAGUCUGACGAAGAGGGCUAUGGAGAUACUCAGGCCCUUUUCACAUGCGGAGCUCAAAGGAAUGAAGAAGACUCUGGAAAGACAACUUCGGUCACAGCGGAACAAGCAACAGAGAAGGCGUAUGAAGAGUCCGCUGCGGACUGUGACUGCCGUAUCCAGGAGUCGAGCUCGCGGUAUGCGGAAGCCCGUGGCCAAGACAGAGAAGACGGUGCCUCAAGACAGUGAAGAAAGAGGCGAAUGA